AUGGCACCCAAAAUUUUGCUUACUGGGGUCACUGGCUUCGUUGGAGGUACUGCCUUUUCAAAGAUACACGAUGCCCAUCCGGAUUAUGACUAUACCCUGUAUAUACGUAGCGAAGAUCGUGCAAAGAUCAUCUCGAAGGAGUACCCCCAGGUCAAAUUCGUGUAUGGGGACCUUGCGAGCACCGAUGUGAUCGAGAAGGCGGCAUCUGAAGCUGACGUGGUUAUUCAUACGGCAGAAUCUGCAGACUCACUCCCAGCGGCAAAGGCAAUCGCAAAAGGUCUUGCCUCUGGCCAUACAAAGGAAAACCCGGGAUACUACAUCCGCCUUUCGGGAGCAGGCAUCCUGACCUGGUAUGAUCUCAGGAACCAGCGCUAUGGUGAACCACCUCUACCAGAGCAGAGUUACCACGAUAUCAACGACAUUGAUCGCAUUCUAAACCUUCCUGUUGAAGCGAUCCACAAGGAUGUUGACAAUGCUGUCCAGAGUAUCGACUCAGAUAUCGUCAAGUUCCUCAUUGUAUCACCUGGUGUUAUCCACGGAACUGGUCUCGGGUUGUUCAACAAGACUAGCAUGACAGUUCCCGGUUUGGCUCGAGCAACAUUUGAACUUGGCUACACCCCUUUCGUUGGAGCUGGAGAGGCAAAAUGGGACUACGUUCAUGUGGAGGAUCUCGCAGACUUUUUUAACAAAGCUAUCGAAGCGGCCCAGGAUCCCUCCAAGAAAGAAGACACUGAGAUAUGGGGCAAGAAAGGUUACUACUUUGUCAGUGGUGGUGAACACCAAUGGAAAGACCUCUCAACCUGGGUUGCCACUGAGGUUCACCGUCAAGGGUAUAUACCCGAGUCUAGGACUCAGUCUGUUACAUUUGAAGAUGCAAUGAAAAAUGGCUAUAAGGCUGGAAUUGCGUGGGCCAUCAACUCUAGGGGAGAAUCAGAGAGAGCGAGGAAGUUUCUGGGAUGGGAGCCCAAGGCCCCGUCUCUCAAAGACACAGUUCCUGAGUCUGUGGCUUUGGAGGCUGAGAUUCUCGAUCUGAAGCCCAAGUACAAAUGA